AUGCGAACUGAACCUACAGGUUCUACUGAUACAGCAACAACUGAGCCUACUGUAUCUGAAUCACCGAGUCCAGCUGCUUCAGUAACACCGCAGCCUUCGGAGACCACUUCUCCAACUGAACCAACAGGUUCUACUGAUACAGCAACAUCUCAGCCUACUGGUACACCCUCAGUAUCUGAAUCACCGAGUCCAACUGCUUCAGUAACAACGCAGCCUUCGGAGACCACUUCUCCAACUGAACCAACAGGUUCUACUGAUACAGUAACAUCUGAGCCUACUGGUACCACCUCAGUAUCUGAAUCACCGAGUCCAACUGCUUCAGUAACAACGCAGCCUUCGGAGACCACUUCUCCAACUGAACCAACAGGUCCUACUGAUGCAGCAACAUCUGAGCCUACCGCUACGACCUCGGUAUCUGAAUCACCGAGUCCAACUGCUUCAGUAACAACGCAGCCUUCGGAGACCACUUCUCUAACUGAACCAACAGGUUCUACUGAUACACCAACAUUUGAGGCUACUGGUACCACCUCAGUAUCUGAAUCACCGAGUCCAACUGCUUCAGUAACACCGCAGCCUUCGGAGACCACUUUUCCAACUGAACCAACAGGUUCUACUGAUACAGCAACAUCUCAGCCUACUGGUACACCCUCAGUAUCUGAAUCACCGAGUCCAACUGCUUCAGUAACAACGCAGCCUUCGGAGACCACUUCUCCAACUGAACCAACAGGUUCUACUGAUACAGCAACAUCUCAGCCUACUGGUACACCCUCAGUAUCUGAAUCACCGAGUCCAACUGCUUCAGUAACAACGCAGCCUUCGGAGACCACUUCUCCAACUGAACAAACAGGUUCUACUGAUACAGCAACAUCUGAGCCUACUGGUACCACCUCGGUAUCUGAAUCACCGAGUCCAACUGCCCCAGUAACAACGCAGCCUUCGGAGACCACUUCUCCAACUGAACCAACAGGUUCUACUGAUACAGUAACAUAUGAGCCUACUGGUACCACCUCAGUAUCUGAAUCACCGAGUCCAACUGCCUCAGUAACAUCUGUGACAACGUCAGCACCUGAAUCAACCAGUCUGACCGACAAAGUAACAUCUGGACCUGCCGAGACAACUAUGACAUCUGAACCAACUGCUCAGACUGGACCAGAAACAUCUGAGACCACAUCACAACCUGAACCAACUACUCCCACUGACACGGUGACGUCUGAAACUGGAGAGACCACAUCAACGGCAGACCAAACCAGUCCCACUGUCACAGUCACUUCAGUAACAUCUGAGCCUGCUGGGACCACCUUGGUUUCUGUACCAACUGGUCCAACUGAUUCAGUAACAACUGUGCCUGUCGAGACCACGUCGGCACCUGAGCAAACCAAUCCAACUGAUACGGUAACCUCUGAGCCAACCCAGACCACAUCAGCCAUUGAACCAACCAGUCAAACCAACACAGUCCCUUCCGAAUCUGCUAAGACCACAUCAUCGGCUGAAACAACUUCUACGACAGGCCCAUCAUCUACCCAUGCAACUGGAUCACCAUCCUCACCUACAACAGAACCACCAACCGGGACACCACCUGUAACACCAACAGGUCUACCAACUCAACCACCCACUACUUUACCAGCUACUCAAUCAACCAUACUACCAACGGAUCCACCAACCGGGACACCACCUGUAACACCAACAGGUCUACCAACUCAACCACCCACUACUUUACCAGCUACACAUUCAACCAAACCUCCAACGGAUCCACCAACCGGGACACCACCUGUAACACCAACAGGUCUACCUACUAAACCACCCACUACUUUACCAGCUACACCAUCAACCAAACCUCCAACGGAUCCACCAACCGGGACACCACCUGUAACAUCAACAGGUCUACCAACUAAACCACCAGCUACACCAUCAACCAAACCACCAACAACACCACCUACCACGCCAACAGCUCAAACAACCAACCUACCAAUCACCACAGCAGAGCCCAUUAAGUGCCAAAAUGGGGGGACUGUCGAUGGAUCGAUCUGCAUAUGUACUGUUGGAUUCAGUGGAGAGUUUUGCCAAUUCAUUAUCACUGUUGAGCCAGCUACAGUCAACAGGUCAGUCGUUGUUAAUGUGGUGAUCAAUCAGGAAUUUCAUGACAAAUAUGAAGAUGAUACAUCAUCCGAAUACAAAGAGUUUGUUGGAAAUUUCACCAACCAGAUGGAAACAUAUUACCUGAAAAAGAAGAUUGCAAACUUCAAAGAAGUGGUGGUAACUAGUGUCAGCCGUGCGGUUCCUGUGGCCAGACUCUCAAAUAACACUGUGGAAGAGAUGAGAUUAUCAGCUGAAGCCGUAGCUAUCUACAGUGUCACACCAAGAGCAGGAGGCAUUAGUGUCACACACGACGUGGUUUUGGCAAUUCCAAACAACGCCAACUCGACUCAACUAUAUGACAACGACGUCGAAGCAGUUGUGGAUGCUGUCGUCGAGCUUGUUGGCUGCAAAGUAGCUUUUUAA